CGUAAUACACAUUCGUGGUUCCCACCUUGCAGAACGCCGAACACCACCGAUCUCUGCCGAUUGUUGCUGGCGAUACCUUUUGGGUAGAGGCUAGUGUUGUUGUUGGCAAGUAGUAAGAAAAUACAUGCUUGCCUUCACGUUCAAACAAACCAAAGAUUGUUGUUUACAGCAGUUUUGUCGAUCUCUACAGCUGCGUGUCAGGUUUUCACCAGCCACUAUAGUGAGGUCAGGUCCAGUGGUUGAUCACAAGAUGAGCUGGUUAUACUGACAAGCACAAUACAAAAUGGCCGCCGGACGUAACGCUCCCCGAGUGAAUGGCUUGGAGCGGGUUCCCAAACCAUUCAUCAUUGGUGUGGCCGGAGGGACGGCCUCUGGGAAAUCAUCUGUAUGUGCCAAGAUUAUGGAGGAGCUGGGGCAGUCUAACAUGGAAUGUCACCAUCGUCAAGUGGUCAUCAUCAGUCAAGACGCCUUCUACAGGAACCUGACUGAACCAGAAAAAGUUCUCGCUCAGAAAGGAGAGUUCAACUUUGAUCAUCCAGAUGCAUUUGACUCUGACUUAAUGAUCAGCACUGUGAAAGAUAUCAGAGCUGGACAACGAGUAGUUAUCCCAACAUACAGCUACAUUAACAAUGCCAGGUGAGUGGACACUGCUCAGGAAGUUGGUCCUGCUGAUGUGGUGCUGUUUGAGGGAAUCCUUGUGUUUUAUUUCAAAGAAAUCCGAGAAAUGUUUAACAUGAAGCUUUUUGUGGACACCGAUGCUGACACAAGGCUCUCAAGGAGAGUGUUGAGGGAUAUACAAGACAGAGGCCGUGACCUUGAGCAGAUUUUACACCAAUACACCUCAUUGGUUAAACCAGCCUUUGAAGAGUUCUGCCUGCCAACAAAAAAGUAUGCAGAUGUUAUAAUACCUCGUGGAGCUGAUAAUGUUGUGGCCAUAGAUCUGAUUGUUCAGCACAUACAGGAGAUUCUCCAUAGCCAGCCCGUCAGACGACAGCGUCACCACUCGGACUCGUUCACUGGCAGGCCUCAUUAGCAUAUCGCCUGUCACACUGAUUGAGACCAUGGACUCUUUAUCAAUAAUUGGGAAGGCACAGAUGUCCUCGGUGAAGCCUGAUCAAUCCUGCAAAGUUUCUCCUAAGAUUUGUUUAAUGAUUGCUUGACCAAAAUUGGCAAGACCUUUGUUUCUGUGUAAUGAGGAGCAUAAGACUCUCUCAAGAAUGCAGUGCAUCACUGUACAUCAGGCCAUCAUUCAAAAAAUUCUUUGCAGGGGGUUAACCCAACAUGUCAGAAGGGAAAUAUACAUAUAGAUAUUUUUGUUUAUUCUGGCUAAUUAAAGAGGAUUUUAAAGAAAUUAACACUGAGAGAACAACAAACAAAGAAAUUCUAUUAAAAAGCCAAAUAAAAUCUUAAGAGUACCACAUACAUCUUUAUUGGAGUUGUUGGAAGGGCUUUACCCCCAACAGACAUAAUUUUAAUGGUGGCCUCACUAUCACAAGCCAGUAUUUGAGAGAAAUCUUGAAUGCCAACAAGGUCAUUCGGGUCAUGGCAAUCAUCGGCUAAGUGUCAUUUGACCCCAUGGGGGUGAAAGGUCAAUCUUGGUAAGUAGUGGUCAUGAAAUGUGAUACAAAGCAAGCAUAGAGUGGUGCAUGCGCUGUGAGGAGUAUGUUCAGUAACUGUGUAUUGUCAAGUUUCAGUCAAGACUUCCUUG